GAUCACAAACGUGCCAGGAAAACCGGUCAAACGCUGAAAAAUCUCAGCCCCUUAAAUAUCUCAUCUCAUCCCCCGAGAAACACAAUUCACUCGCGAGACAAACAACUUGGAAAUUAAACACACACACACAUGUAUUCCUUUGCUCUUCUGUCGUGUCGUCGUCGACUUCGCCGAUGAUAAAUCCUCCAUAACUACACAGAACAAAGAACAAGAAAACAAACAAACAUGGGAAAAGCUUUGGCGAUCAUAAACUGUAUAUUACUCGGAAUAGGAAACUGUGGAGGACCUCUCAUGUCUCGUCUCUACUACAACAAUGGCGGACAACGGAUCUGGCUCUCCAGCCUCCUCGAAACAGGCGGCUUCCCAAUCAUGUCCAUCCCCCUCUUCUUCUGCCUCCUCGACCGCAAACGCAAACGCAACCGCGACGAGAAAACGCGUCUGAUCCUCAUGAAACCGCGUCUCUUCGCCGCUGCAGCCGUCGCGGGUCUCCUCACUGGCGUCGACGACUACAUAUACGCUUACGGGCUCUCGUUUUUGCCCGUCUCGACCGCUUCUCUGAUAAUCGCGUCUCAGCUAGCGUUCACUGCGUUUUUCGCCUUCUUCCUCGUCAAGCAGAAGUUCACGCCUUUCUCCAUCAACGCCAUUGUUCUGUUAACCCUAGGGGCCGGGGUCUUGGCUCUGCAUACAGCAGGAGAUGUUCCACCGAACGAGACUCACAAGCAGUACAUAACGGGCUUCUUACUCACCAUUGGUGCAGCCGUCUUGUACGCCUUUGUGUUGCCGCUUGUCGAGCUUUCUUACAAGAAAGCUAACCAGCCCAUCACCUACACUCUUGUUCUCGAGUUUCAGUUCGUCAUGUGCUUCUUCGCCACCCUCUUUUGCGCCACUGGCUUGUUCAUCAGCGGCGAUUUCAAGAUGAUUCCGGCAGAAGCGAAAACCUUCAAGCUGGGAGAGACAUUGUACUAUGUCGUGAUCGUUUUCGCGAGCAUGAUGUGGCAAUGCUUCUUCUUAGGAGCCAUUGGAGUGAUCUUCUGCGCAUCUUCCCUCGUCUCGGGGAUUCUCAUCGCCGUUCUUCUUCCCCUUACAGAGAUCUUAGCCGUCGUUUUCUUCGGCGAGAAGUUUCAAGCCGAGAAAGGAGUUUCUCUCGUCCUAUCCCUCUGGGGAUUCGCCUCCUACUUCUACGGAGAAGUCAAAUCCGACAAGGAACGAAGAGAUAACGAGCGAACUCGGGAGGAGACGGAUAUGGAUCGGGUUCCACGUCCGUAGCCAAGUGUCUCUUCUGCUUUAUAACAGAACAAAGCAUUACAAGAAGCAGUGUUUUUUUAUAUAACGCAUUGUUUCACUUAUGUUCUGUUUUUUUUUUUUUUUUUUUUUUUAAAAAUCAUCGUGUUGUGUGUGUGUGUUGUCAUCUGCAAUAAGCUUAGUUUCAGUACCAUAAUGUUAGUUCAAUAUUUUCUAAAAUUUCGAAAUGGUAUAUAUCUCCGAUUCAAUA